GUAAGGUCGUGCCCAAUGAAGCAAAGCUUAGCAUUAUAUUUUGGUUUAAACACAAAUAAAAUUCCGGUGUGGGAAAACCGAAGAGAGCUUUCUGGUUUUUGCCCUUCCCACUGGAGAAUAAUACCAAGCUUGAAAGAAACCCACUCUUCUUCUUCUACGCACUCAAUGGACCUGAAAAGAUUGGAAUCAAAGACAUCACUCUCCACUGGGUUCUUUGAAUCACAGAAACAAACCAUGUAUGCACUGUGAUGAAGAGCAAUUUGUUUGGAAUGAGGACCUCAUGCUCUCUAGGCUGUUCCUCAACAUUAUUAUGGACCAUUGAAGCUGUGGGGCAUUAGUUUUCCUUCAUUUGUCUCUUUAAUCUAGCUCUUCAUUUAUGUUUGAAUAUCUUUCUGAUAGUUCUAUGGCUUUUUUAAUUAUGUCAUGCCUGGGAAUGAAAAUAAGUAUCUCCCAUUACAAUGGGAAGUCAAGACACUUAGGUGUGAGACACAGCAUGGUUCGAGAGCUCAUCAUGCGUGGUGUGAUAUCCGUGGAGUUUGUAAGGACUCAACAAAAUUUGGCUGAUCAUUUAACCAAAGGGUUAAGUAGAAACCUUGUGCAAAGAUCGGCUAUAGGGGUUGGAUCGAAGUCUAUCUAAAUUUCUCAUGGUGCAAGAAUAAAGAGGACUACCUAUAUGAGCAUGAAGUUUAGCCGCUUCAAGAAGUAGAGACUUCGCUUCGAUAUGCUUAUGAAGGAUUAGGACACAAGGCUAGUAAAUAAUAGUGUCAAGU